CCUCGGCCCCCCUGGCCCAACUCCAGAGAGUCAUCUAGCAGUUCGAGUUGCUUAAAAGAACGGACAAGGCCAGAUCCCGUGAGGUCAAAGAGCUUCUUGCUAGGGCCAGGGAUUUAGCUCAGUGGCACCACGCCUGCCUCAAGAGCAAAAGGUCCUGAGUUCGGUCCCCGGUACUGGGGACAAAAAGGAGCUUCUCGCUUGGCAUCAGGAGCUGGACAAGGGGGCCUCUCGAGCACCUUCCAACUCUCACCUCGUGAAGUCCGCGAAAGCUCGGAGGAGGGAAGGUCUGGAAGGUGAGGGUGCCGAACAGCCCCCUGCCUUGCAGACUGAGAGUUGUUUCUGUCUGAUGUGUCGCAGGGGGUUCGUACAAGCUGUGAGCCCUCCACUCCCCUUUGCACUUUGCCCUGGUGAGUUCUGAUUUCUGUGUCCUUAUAUGGCCAAGUAAUAUCUAUCUUCUGCUCACCAUGGUUGUUUGGCUAUUUUAAACACAAGGUUUAAAGAAUUUAAAAAGUAUUUGGUGGAAGGAAAAUCUAGGAGUAUAAAAAUAGGAAAGCUGAGUAACAGUAGCUAAGCCUGAGGUAAGAUCCUUUUUUUCUUAGCCAAGAAGAAUAUUCCUAUAGCUUUUGGAAAAUAAAGGGAAAUUGUCUUAAUAAGUUUCAGAUACUUAACUAAAUAAACUGUAAUACAAUACCUAGCAGAGGCGUCACCACUAAAAUAAAGGGAAUUGUAGAAAUGUUAGGGAGAUUAUGACACUAAUUCAUACUUUUGCUCUUUAAAAAUCUGAUAAUUGUGCGAACACUUUCUGUUCUGCUUAUGGUUAGGAAAAUGUUGUCACAAGCAUUUGAUUCUCUUCCAGUUCAAACUCCCAAUUAAUUCACUCUUCAAAACCGAGCAGUUUUGAAGAAAAUUGUCUUUGCAAACAAAACAAGGGGGAUUUCGUAGGAUUUCAGGUCUCUAUUUUUUUUGUUUCAUUUUUCUUUUUAGAAGGAGCAUAUAUGUUGGUUAGACUUAAGCGUACCCCUUCCUGGGAAAAUACACUUUCUGAUGUCAGGGGAAAAGAAAGCUGGUCCAGUGGCCUUGCGCAUUGUGAAAGCACAUGUGCUUCAGUAAGGUUACCCAGAACCGAGACUAUGGGGGUGUUAGGGACACCUGCAGCACCCUGAAUACUGGGACCCUCAUGUAGCAGGGAUCUGCUUGCUGGGGUUAUGCACUCCAUUUCUUAUUUGUAUUUCAGUGCACCAGAUAAUCCAGUGACUUCUUAGCAAAGUCUCUAAGUUGCUAGUUUUAACUGAAUUUGUUAAGUAUCUGUUUCUGUCAAAGAAGUAGGUGUUUGUAGCUUCAAAGGCAGGAGUAGGUGAAUGGAGCAGACCUCGGAAGCCCGUACCUGUCCCUGAGUGGGGCAUGUUUAGCUGUUUCUUGGGGCAUUUACCACUUUUCUAAGCUUGCACUCCUAGUGUUUCAGUUUUAGGAAUUAGCAACAGGCUUCGUCUUAUGAAAUACAAAGAUUUAUCUCUCUGCUGACAUCAUCACCUCUCCUUUCCUCUCCUCACCCUUGUAGAUACACUGUGGCUGCGUUGACUCAGCUGCGAACAGUCACACCACACAGGCUGUGGGUGGCGAUCGCUCCUGCCCUGCACUCAUGGCCUGAUCGCACAUCCCUUGGAUUUCGUAAAUCUACCGUCUGUUUUGCCCUGAGCUUUCUGACCACGCUGUGAAUCUUGGCCAGCUUUUCACCUGUCCAUUCCCUGCCCCGUUCCCAUGGCAACUGGUCCCCUUCUUUGUCCCGGUUGGCAUUUGUCACACAGUUAAGGUGGGAUGUCCCUUCUAUCUGCCUCAGUUUCUUCCAGGUUUGUUUACUCCUGCGUUUGUGGGACCUCAUCUCCGGGGUGUCCCAGCACCCAUGAGCUGAAUCGUCCUUGUUUUGCAGGCCUGGAGAUGCAUUCAUUCUGCUCUCCUGUACUCAUGGUUUGGCUAACUUUUAGUUUGGAUGUGAUAUCUUUUCAGAAAUCUGAACACACUGUUGCCUCUAGUUCCUAAUGCUGCAUUUGAGAAGGCUAAUGUUCCUUGGGUGCUCAGCUCUUUGCAUGUGAUUCAUUCUUUCUUUCUGCAUGCUUUUAAAAUCAUCUCUUUAGUUCCAGUGAUGUAGAGUUCCUCGGUAGUGUGCUUCAGUCUCAGUGUUGUUGUGUUCCCCUCACACAUCAUGCCAAACGUCUGAAAAUUAAAAUCUCAAACUCUUCUCUUCGGUUCCGGGAAAUUCCUCAGUAUGGUUUCCUUCCCCUCUAUUUCCCCUGAAUUUUUCUAGUUCUCCUGCACUUUAGAUCCUGGGGCUGCUGAUCAGAUCCUCUAAUUUUUAAAAUCAAUUUUCUCCUGUUCUCCAAAUCAAGUACAUUAUUCAUCUCUACUAUUCAACUCUUUGUUUUUUGUUGUAUAUUCAGGGAGGUUUUUACAGAAAUGCAUUUUUGUCUCCUAUUUUGCUCCUUGUUUAGUUGAGCUGCUGGCUGGUGAGCUUCGUCAUUCCUAGGACGGAUGUGACGACUUCUCACGCUGGGCCGGCCUUUUGAUGGUUUUGUUUCACUGUGAAGUUAUUCAGUGAGAACCUGACCACCCUGUUAACAUUGAGUACUUCUCCUGAGAGAAACCCCUCAGUCUGUGGACAGAGAGAGACCAUGCUGGACAGGAAAGUGGGCCAGGAUUCUUGCUGUCCAGUGAUUUACUUGAGGAAGACAGCUGCCCCGUGCUACCUCAACACUCGCACGAGCUGCUCCGUGCGGAGAACAGCACGCCCGGCCACACACGUGCUAGACCAACCAAAGCGAUCUCAUUUGACGGUUACCGCAGGGCCUGGUGUGGAAAGCCUCGGAAUACUACUGAAGGCCAGGUUUGCCAUUGCCAGGUCUCGGCAUGCCCCAGAAAGCCAAGUGCCAAGCAGUGUCAGCUUUUCAGGGGAGAUGACCCACCUCUGCUCGACUCCAGUAGAAGAACUUCCUACUGAGUCACAACCAGAAAUAGGUCAUGUCAGAGAGACCCAUGAAACAGAGGAGGAGAGGAAGGAUGAGGAUUCAACAUAUGACUAUUACACAUAUGAUCCGUGGGACAAAGAAGUGGACAACCUGAUCGCCUGGACCAACGCUCUUGAUACAGACGCUUUAGAUGACCAGUACUGACUCUCCACGGCUCAAGAAACAGACAGCCUCCACCACAGUUCAACUCUGGAACAACCUAGGAGGUUCUCUGAACUUGGACUCUGCUUUUCACAAGUUGGUCUCGUCCUUUUUCUGCAAGUGCAGAGGAGGAAAAUACAAGCAAGCAUAAAGCAGUGAA